AUGUCUGCCCCGCGUGACUCCCCGCAGCAGCUCUCCUUUCCGCCGCUAUCCUCCUCCUCCUCCUCGUAUAAACAUCAACAUCAACAUCAACUUCAUUUUCAACUUCAUUUCUCUUCCAACUCCUCUUCCAAUUCUCCCUCCUACUCUGCCGCUCCAGCCAGGUCAUCGUCAUCUUCCUCCUUAACCCCAAACUUCACAGCCCAUUCUCGUCUCGCCAACAUCUCCCGCCACAUCGCCAUGGCGUCGCCCUCCCCCUCCAUCUUCACGGCUACGUCCGUGCCUCAGGCCCCCGAAGACCCCCUCUUCGGCCUGAUGCGCGCCUACAAACAGGACCCUUCCGAUAAAAAGGUCGACCUGGGCAUUGGUGCCUACAGAGAUAACAAUGCGAAGCCCUGGAUCUUGCCUGUUGUGAAAAAGGCCGAUGAGAUCCUGCGCAACGAUCCAAAUCUAAACCAUGAAUACCUCCCCAUCGCUGGUCUGCCAGAGUUCACCAGCGCUGCCCAGAAACUUAUCCUCGGCGCAGAUUCACCCGCCAUCAAGGAGAAGCGGGCCAUAACCCUCCAAACAAUCUCCGGCACCGGCGCCGUCCAUCUCGGCGGCCUCUUCCUCUCCAAAUUCCACCCCUCCAAACCCCCGCCAACAAUCUACUUCUCCACCCCAACCUGGGCCAACCACCAACAGAUCUUCUCAAACGUCCACCUCCGCACAGCAAAAUACCCCUACUUCUCCCCCACAACAAUGGGCCUCGACAUCACCGGCAUGCUCGACGCCCUCCGCUCCGCCCCGCGCGGCUCCAUCAUCGUCCUGCACGCCUGCGCCCACAACCCCACCGGCGUCGACCCAACACAGGACCAAUGGAAACAGAUCGCAGCUGUCAUCCGCGAAGCGAACCACUUCCCCUUCUUCGACUGCGCCUACCAGGGCUUCGCAUCGGGUGACCUGCACCGCGACGCCUGGGCGAUCCGCUACUUCGUCGCGCAGGGCUUCGAGCUAUGCAUCGCGCAAUCCUUCGCGAAGAACUUUGGCCUCUACGGCGAGCGGGCGGGCGCCUUCCACUUCAUCGCCGGCCCCGGCCCACAGGCUGUCGAGAGCAGCGCGCACAUCGCCUCGCAGCUGGCUAUCCUGCAGCGCUCGGAGAUCUCGAACCCGCCAGCGUACGGGGCGCGGAUUGCGUCGCUGGUGCUAAACGACCCGCAGCUGUUUGCGGAGUGGGAGAGCGACCUGAAGACGAUGAGCGGGCGGAUUAUAGAGAUGAGACGCGGGUUGAGGGAGAGGUUGGAGAAGAAGGGGACGCCGGGGAGCUGGGAUCAUGUUACCAGCCAGAUUGGCAUGUUUAGUUUUACGGGGUUGAGUGAAGCGCAGGUUGCGCAGUUGAGGGAGAAGUGGCAUAUUUAUAUGACUAAGAACGGCCGUAUCUCCAUGGCGGGUCUGAACGGCAAUAAUAUCGAUUACUUCGCGGAGGCUGUCGACAGUGUCGUGCGGGAGACCUCGUAG